UAUGGAUUUUGAAGUAUGGAAAGAAAACAGCAGAAACACUUACAACAAAUGGGACGGGGUUGCUCGCAGCACCACACAGGUCUUUCCCAGAGCUUGGACAACAAUUUUGAUUUCUCUAGACAAUAGUGGCAUGUGGAACUUUCGAACAGACAAUCUAAACUCGUGGUAUCUAGGCCAGGAAACGUACAUUAGUGUCGUAAACUCUGAGUUUGUGAGAAGAAUUGCAGAAGCAGCAGAAAGUAUAUUGAGAUGAUUUCUUUGGAGCAAUUCUUGACAACAUUUGUAGUUGAGGCCUUUAGAAUGGAAGACUGUAUUUCACUAAUUUUUUUAUACAUUUCUUGUUUUGUAUUUAGUGAUAAAGGAAUCUGAAUUGGGCAUAAAUUAUGUUGUAAUAUGAUUUCUUAAGCCUAGACUAGUAGACUAAAUAUUGUAAUUACAUUUGAGUAAUUAAUAA